CCGCGCCGGUCUCUCGGCGAGAGGUGGUUGAUGUCGCGGCAUCUCCGCGCCAUGGCGGAGGUGAAGGUGAAGCCGGAGGUUCCCGACCCCAUGGAAAUAGAGAACAGGAUUAUUGAGCUGUGCCAUCAGUUCCCUCAUGGGAUCACAGACCAGGUGAUUCAGAAUGAUAUGCCUCACAUGGAAGCCCAGCAGCGAGCCAUGGCAAUCAACAGGUUACUCUCAAUGGGGCAACUGGACCUUCUCAGGAGCAAUGCAGGUCUCCUGUACAGAAUCAAAGAGUCUCAAAAUGCAAGUAAAAUGAAAGGCUCUGACAAUCAAGAGAAGCUGGUUUACCAAAUUAUAGAAGAUGCAGGCAACAAAGGUAUUUGGAGCAGGGACAUUAGGUACAAAAGUAAUUUGCCUCUAACAGAGAUCAACAAGAUAUUGAAAAACUUGGAAAGCAAGAAACUAAUUAAAGCAGUUAAAUCUGUGGCAGCAUCCAAGAAGAAGGUGUAUAUGCUAUAUAAUCUGCAGCCUGACCGGUCAGUGACUGGUGGGGCUUGGUACAGUGACCAAGACUUUGAGUCUGAAUUUGUGGAGGUGUUAAAUCAACAGUGUUUUAAGUUUCUUCAGAGUAAGGCAGAAGCAGCUCGAGAGACCAAGCAGAACCCCAUGAUACAGAGGAACAGCUCAUUUGCCUCAUCCCAUGAGGUGUGGAAAUACAUCUGUGAACUAGGCAUCAGUAAGGUAGAGCUGUCAAUGGAAGACAUUGAAACCAUUUUAAAUACAUUAAUAUAUGAUGGAAAAGUGGAGAUGACCAUUAUUGCUGCAAAGGAAGGGACAGUAGGCAGUGUGGAUGGACAGAUGAAGUUGUACAGAGCUGUUAGUGCUCUCAUACAACCUACUGGAUUAGUCAGGACGCCCUGUGGACUCUGCCCUGUUUUUGAUGAUUGCCAUGAAGGUGGUGAGAUUUCUCCAUCAAACUGUAUUUAUAUGACAGAAUGGCUGGAAUUCUAAAGUAAAAGAAAACUGUAAACUCGAUUCGUGCUUCACAGCCAAUGUCACAAAGCACCUUGCUUUUUUAAGGGUGAAAUUUGUGAGUGGCUUCAGGAUAUGGAGGGACUUUCUUUUGGUAAAACAUAAAGCAGCAACAUGUGUUGCGUCAGCAGUCCUGUAAUAGGACUGGAAAUCAAGUCACCACUGAAGAUCAAGGCUGAAGUGGAAAUGUAGAUCCAUUCCUGUACAAAAAGUUGGUUGUGUGAACAAGAAAACUGCCAUAGUACAGCUGGGUAGUGAUGCAUUGUUUCCAAGGGUUGUGUUGAGUACUCCGGAAGUGCUUAUUCUGAAUGAAUGAAAAUAAGUCAUUAGCUGAUCAGAAAAAUUUGCUAAUGAGUAUUGCCAAGAAUGAGUUCCAAAAGUUUGCUUUCAUAUUAAAGCUACUGGUGGGUGUCUAAGUCCUAAGGCUGACCCUUUUUUCUCCCUUGAUAGCUACCAUCUAAUUGAAGACUAGGAAUCUGAUGUGGGAGAGAUCCCAAAUAUGUCAUACAAAACUCACUGAUUCUUUAUUAUCUUUGUAAGUGACUAAUUUAUCAUUAAAACCUUGAUUUUUC